AACAGUAGGAACACGGUCAAGGGAAUGCCAGGCCUUUUGUUAAGAACCAGCAUGAAGAAGCCUCCAUGAGAAGCUGGGAAGGGAUGGACAGAGGAAGCAUAACUCUUCAUGAGAGCACAGAGCUCUAGGGCUUAGCCUCUAGCACAGACUGGCCAUGGGACAUUUUGCUGCUUCUCAGUAACCUGCCUCCUGCUACACAUUUCCCACUCUGGGGAGAUCAUCCUGCCUGUUGACUCAUGGAAUGCUCCAUGUAGCUGACCUGUAGACAGAUAAUGAUGAGGCCCUGGGGGCCCUAGCCUGCCUGUCCUCUAUGAGCUGAAACUCCAAGCCUGGCUAGAUACAAGAGGAGGUCAGUCCCCCCACAUUGGGCAACUCUGCUACGAUGGACUAUUGUUGCCUGGCCUUAGGGGCAAGAGACAGACAGUCCAUGCUUGUGGCCCUUCAACCUCUAAGAGCAAAGGCUGUGUCAGCCUCAUAAAUCAUGCUUGCAGUGUGCAUAUGUCACACGCGUCUAGCAUCCCUCACCCUGAACCUCAGGCUGCUUGCUGUCAUGUCCUGCCCAGCACCGUUUGCUCUGUCACAGGAACCAGGGCAGAAUGUCUGCAGUCCCUCACUGUGCAGCUUGGAUAGGAGAGAGGAACAACCUUGCAGAUGGGGCCUUGGUGACUGAGUGCUUUCUUCCUGGAACAGACCUCUGUACUGCCUCAAACAGUCCUCAUGAUACAGACAGGCACCAAACAGGAGAAGGGUCCUACUCCCUUAACAGUGUUGGCCAAAUUGUGCUGCCUAGCAUUGGCUGUAUGCUGAGGCCCCAAAUCUGUGUCCCCUCUCCUCUCAACAGUGAUCAUGUGAUUUUUAUUUCUGUCCUAUAUGGUCAAGGAAGAGUCUACCAGAAGGCUCCCCCUUGGACAUUUGUAAUUCCAGCUCAGAGGCCUUGCCCCUGCCUACCCUCCCACCUGCCCUCUAAUCACAGCAGUGUCCAGCCCAGUGUUGAAUAGAUUGUAGUGUUUUGUCUCAUUACAAAUAAAUAGACUAUAACGGGUCUCAUCCUGUCUCCAGCAUUUGGCUCACUGUGCCGGGCUAUGUCUAGGCACUCAGGAGCUGCUGCUUGCUGGUAUUCUGGGGACAUCUUUGCCAGCAGAGCCCUCUCUAUAAUAACCCCUGCUGAGGAAUGAGUACUGGGAGAAGGCCUCUAUAGCUGAAAGCCAGAAGUGAUGGAUCCUAAAAGUUUCUCACUAGCUGUCCUCCUUAGGUCAGGCUGGCUCCCUGGUUCUUGAACUCCAGCUCAGGCCUUGUCCAGGUGGGCUGUGUCCUGGCUUAGAGAAGGCUCCAAAGGCAAUUCAGCCUUACGGUCAACAAGAGCCCUGGGCCAGCCAGCCUCAGACCAGGGGCUUCUACCAUCUUCCCUUGGAAACCUGGCCACAUAGGAGGUAGCAUGUUUGCAUCCACAGUAGACAGGUGGGAACUGUCUUGGGCUGGGGAAUUACCAAUAGCUGCAGUUUGUGACGAAACGCUACAAAGCCUACAUGUGUGCUUUACUACUCGUGUCCCCAUAUGCCCAAUACCAGCCAGGGAGGCAGAAGCCUGAGCCUAGCGUAUUGUCUAGUCUGUCGCCUACCAUUUUACAGAGUACAAGCACCAGUAAAAGUAUUUUCAUACUAUCAUCUCAGACAUAGGGCCACACCCCAGGUGGUGGGAUUAUGUGGCUUGUCCAGCAUUGGACUAUGACAUCUGGGGCAAGUGGCCAAUUCCUUCCUCUUCUCCCACUGAACAUUUUGUACAGUUUAUAGAGUGGCUUAGUUUCUAAGCCUGAGUGGGAGCCAUAUCAUGACUCCCAUGAAAAAAAACUUUCCUAUUGUCAUCACAGAUUCUGGGCCAAAGCUGGCUGCAUCUACUAUGCUGUGGACAAUAACAUCUCCAAAACUACCAGGAACAGCACCAACGUUGGAGAGUAGCUUAUUCUGGAUUUCACCUGCUUGCUGCCCUGUUCAGGUUGUAUUCCAGUGGCCAGUCUGUUGACUCCUCAGGUAGCCACACUCUGAUUGACCUUGGGCCGGAAUGGCAAUGUCCGAGGCUCUAGGCGCCUCCGAUGCGCCCUCUGCUGGCCAUUUUUCCUCGUGCGCGUGCACGCCCUGCGGCUCUUCCGCCUCCCGUCUUGUUUGACCCUGACGGUGUACCGUCCACGGCUCAAUUGGUUGCCAUAGAAACUCCGGAGCCCUGGGCCUCUGGACGUUGAGGAUCUGACUCCUGUGACUCUGGCUCCUGAGGACCGGAGCGCGAUGUCUUUCCGCGACCUUCGAAAUUUUAUAGAGAUGAUGAGAGCCCUGGGGUACCCACGACAUAUUUCCAUGGAAAAUUUCCGGACACCCAACUUUGGACUUGUAUCUGAAGUGCUUCUCUGGCUUGUGAAAAGGUAUGAGCCUCAGACCGACAUCCCUUCCGAUGUUGAGACUGAACAAGACCGAGUUUUCUUCAUUAAGGCGGUUGCCCAGUUCAUGGCCACAAAGGCACAUAUAAAACUCAAUACUAAGAAGCUUUACCAAGCAGAUGGAUAUGCGGUGAAAGAACUGCUGAAGAUCACAUCUGUCCUUUAUAAUGCUAUGAAGACAAAAGGGAUGGAAGGCUCGAAAGUAGGAGAGGAAGACAUUAGCAAGUUCAAGUUUGACCUUAGCUCCAAGAUUGCAGAUUUGAAAGCAGCCAGGCAGCUUGCUUCUGAAAUCACCUCCAAAGGAGCAUUUCUAUAUGACUUGCUGGGGAAGGAGGUUGAGUUGAGGGAACUGAGAACAGAAGCAAUUGCCAGACCUCUGGAAAUAAAUGAGACUGAAAAAGUGAUGAGAAUUGCAGUAAAAGAGAUUUUGUCACAAGUUCAGAAGACCAAAGACUUGCUCAGUAAUGUGGCCUCUGAUGAAGCUAACUUAGAAGCCAAAAUUGAAAAGCGAAAAUUAGAACUGGAAAGAAAUCGGAAGCGACUCCAGACACUGCAGAGUGUCAGGCCAGCUUUUAUGGAUGAGUAUGAGAAGAUUGAGGAAGAAUUACAAAAGCAGUAUGACAUUUAUCUAGAAAAGUUUCGAAAUUUGGCUUACUUGGAACAACAACUUGAAGAACAUCACCGAAUGGAGCAAGAGAGGUUUGAAGAAGCUGAAAAUACACUCCGCCUGAUGCAGAAUAAACUAAAGGAAGAGGAAAAGCGGCUGCUUAAAAGUGGAAGUAAUGAUGACUCGGAAAUAGACAUCCAGGAGGAUGAUGAAUCUGAUAGUGAAUUGGAGGAGAGACAGCUCUCCAAGCCUCGGACAGCCAUCGAAGUGCUCAUGCAAGGAAGACCUGGCAAGCACAUUGUCGGCACUAUGCAAGGUGGAGACUCCGAUGAUGAUAUGGAAGCAGCUCCACCUCUCUUAGGUAAAUGCAAGACUCUCAACUCCAGGAAGCAGGAAAACUCAGAGGACAGUGAAAUUGACCUGGAAGAUGAUGAAGAUGAUGAUGAUGAUUUGGAAGAUGAGAGCCUUGCUCUCUCACCAGCUAAGCCCAAUAGAAGGGUCCAGAAACCUGAGCCUCUGGAUGAAAGUGACAAUGACUUCUGACUUCUUACCAAGGGACCAGGCAGAUUAAAAACCCCAGAUGUGUAGGUAAACAGGAAAUUAGAAGGCUUGGAAGGUGGAUGUGUUACUUUGUUCCGUAAGCCAGCUGGACUGAUUGUUUCUGAAGCAGUGCUGCUUUCUGUUUCAUUCUCCUGUGUUUAUACCAUAUUCCAUGAACCUUAAAUAAGAACCAAAGCAAGACCCAAAGAUGAUUUUCUUUUUCUUUUCUUUCAAAACAUCACUAAAAUUAUAUUUCACUCUAACAAGGUAGUGAUGACAACUUGGUUGUUUGGGUGAAUUUAAAAUAGCUGGCAUUUGGGAAGUUUGAGUAUGUAAAACUCAGCAAUAAUUUUUUUACUUGCAAACAUCAUUUAAAAGUUACACAUGUCAAGAAAUAAUUUAAAAAUAGUAUGUAAAUUUUCGUCAUGUGUAUGAUACAAAAUUUUUUUCUCUCACCAAAGUUUUUGUGUCAGACACCUUAUGGGAAAUAAAGUGUUAUCUUUAAAGUCUAACACAUAAAAUGUUAGCUUUUCAGAUUAUAUCUUCUCAAACUCUCUAUAUACUCUUGUGAUGCUUCUGAAAUUUGAGCUUUAUUAACAGAUGCUCUGGAAGAAACUUUAAAGGCUUUAGAUUCAUGUCAGUAGCAGCUCAUCUAAGUUAUCUAGUUAUAUGAUUUUGCAGUUCUUGGCUCGUCUUGGUGAGGUAGUCCUCCAUGGUGUUGUUUGAAGGCUGUGGGUUCACUGUACAAACCCCUAAGUUUUUUCUGGGAGGAAAGCUUCUGUGGCGCGCCAAACUAUCAUUAAGAUUGCUGACACAGGGAUACACUAGGGCAGGUCUUGUACUAACAGUGUUCAGCAAAGUUCUCGCCCUGCUGGGCCGGGGGUUUAGCUCAGUAGCAUAAGUGCCUGCCUGGCAAGUGCGAGGUCAUGCCUUGCAAGCAUGUGAACAUAAGUUUGAUCCCUGCUAUCAAUUAAAAAAAAAAAAAGAUAUGCCUUCCUGUUUCUCCACUAGAAAUUUGGUAUUGGCCUCUUCUAAGAAGUCUCUCACUGACCUUGUUUAGCUUAUUGGAUGAUAGUUUCUAGUUUUGAAUUCUUCUGCAUAGAGUUGCUUAUAUUUUCCCAGUUGUGUUUGAUUGGAAUCUUCUUGAGUUUUCAUUUUAGAGAGCUCAGAUUCCAGGUCGUCAUUUCCGAGUUCCAUCUGAUUUCUCACUGAAGCAUCAUAAUUCUCUCUUAACUACUCUAAAUAUUCUUGAUGCUGCUUGUGUCUUGUGUAUUAUCAUGUUAGUUGGAAAUUCGUUUCAUGGAUUUUAAAUCUCCAUGGAAAUUUUCCCGCUUUUUUCUGUUUUGUUUUGUCUUUUAGAGACAGGGCUCAUUAUGCAGUUCAGACUGGCCUUGGGCUCACUUGGUAGCCGAGGCCGAUCUCAAACUUGCAAAUGAUUCUCCUGCCCGUGCCUUCCAAAUGCUGGGAUUACAGGAGUACACUACCACACCUGGCUAUUUUCUGCUCAUUUUUAACUUUGUUUCUGUCAUUUUUAAAAAAGUCUUUUAAAUCUAAUUAGCUCUUUUUUUUAAUUCAGCAUUUUUCUUCUUUUCUUGAUCCAAAGAAUAUUCUCAAGAUUGUUUUAACUUAGUUUCCUUGUCUUUUCCUUAUCAUCUUCAGACAAAUUUUCACUUAACAGAUUUUCUUGAAGAUGUUCAGUUUUCCCUACUUCCUUUCGUAGUUUAACUUUUAACCUGGCAUUCUCAAGUUAAAGCUUUUGUAGGUAUUCUUGCAUCUUCUCAGCAUAUCACACAGCUUCUCUGUGUUGAUCCUGUCCUUCCAGUUGACUUCUGAUUUGAUUUAAUUUCUUCUUUAAAUCCUGUGUUUCAUCUUCUAAACCUUCUAAAUGUGAUAAUGUGAUGAAACUUCCAGUGAAGCCUCUGAGAUAGAUUGAUUUCUUGUGGGUUACCGAUAUGCCUACAUUUCCUAUAUCCUCUAGUUUAGCCAUCUUAAAAUUUUCUUGAUCCACUUGUGCAAGAAGGUAUGCCCCUGAUAAAUGAUCAACAGACUUUUUGGCUCAGAUGAUGCUGUUGAAAAGUAAGAUUGGGAAAAGUCCUGGACAUUGACUGAUUGUUUUAGGAAGGUUUCUACCAUGUCUUUGUUUUUACUGUCAAUCAAGAUUCUAUUUCCUGGUUCCCCAAUGCCUCCUUGAUUUUUCUUGGAUUGCGAAGCAGCAAUCCAUAGCUCAGUUAGGUUUACUUUUGGGACAUUCUUGUUAUUAAGAAAUACAGUCAUCAGAGCCAGGGGCAUAGCUCAGUGGCACCAGUGCCUGCCUGACAAUCACAAAGUCCUGAGUUUGAAUUCUGGUACCAACUUCCCUUCCCCCCAAAUAAAAACUUAGUCAUCAUCUGAUGUGGGCCAGGAAUCAUCAGGACCAGAUCUAUUGGGAAAUCCAUAGGAAGAAAACAUACUACAAAAGUAGGUGAGUUCCAUCCUUAAAAAUUGGUGAAAGAGGAGGCCCGGGAUUUAGCUCAGUGGCAUAAGCGCCUGCCUGGCAAGCCCAAGGUUGUGAGUUCGAUCACCGUACCAAAAAGAAGAAGAAGAAGAAGAAAAGCUGGUGAAAGAUCAGCUAUCUGCAUAUUGAUUGAUGUUUCUUGUUUGUUACAAUUUUUUUUUUUUUUUUUUGCCUUUUUCAUUUUUAUCAGUACCGGGGAUUAUUUGUUACAAUUAAAAUUUGACUUCCAUUUUUAAAAUAUCUUACUUUUUUCUGUCUCUUCUUCCAAUCUAUGAAAUAGAGUAGUGAAGACUCACUUUCACUCCCAUGUCAGAGAGUAACCUGUAGAGCCUGUGAAUACUCACAGGCUUUACUCACAGCCUUUACCAGUUGGCUGUCCUGAAUACUGAAAUGAAAAUCUAAUCAAGUUAAUUUUCUUAUUCUCUUUGCAACUGCUCCAUCCCUACUUGCUCUCCUCUUGCACAAAGUGAUUUUCUUUUCCCCUGUUUGCUCCUCAGAACUUUGGAAAUGCAUGUUUUUAAUAGUUGAGAUCUAUAGGACAAAAACUCAAGAAACAAGGUUGUCAGCAUGUAAGUCUUUCCUGCUGCUGCUACACAUUUAUCUAUGAGCCAGGCAGACCUGGGGCUGGAACAUGGCACAUCUGGCUGUUAAUCAGUUUUCCAAUUCAGAACAUUUAUCAUACGUUAACUUUUAAUUAUACCCCUUUUUUUUUUUUUUUUAUAGUACUGGGGAUCAAACUCACAACUUCGUGCUUGCCAGGCAGACACUUAUGCCACUGAGCUAAAUUCCUUGGUCCUAGUAAUACCCUUUUUUAUAGUCCUGUUUUCUUCUGCAUGCUCAUAAUACCAAGUGUUAGAUAUAUUUUAAUAACUAAAAUGUUCUGAAAGAUAGCUAAGUUAGAUAAAAAUCAACUUUCCUUGGAAAUCAGGUAACACAGAGAGGAUCCAGGUCAUGAACAUACCAUUUUCUCUCACGAGGCUGAUGCUCCUUUGGGGGAGUCAGAUCACCUUGGAGUAAAGGCACCUGUGUGUUUCCUUGAUACGCUGGGCCCUCCCUUAAGAGAUUCCUGCCCAGUGACAGCUAGGAUGUCCUUCCUAAGUCCUUUGUCCACACAUAUGGGUGAAUGCAGGUUUCCUUCAUCUUGUUGCCCUCUUAGAAGAGACUAGCAAGGAGAAAAACACCAGUACAGAUUCAUGUUUCUGACUUAAGAAAAUAAUCCAGAACCAAAUUAGGUGCAAGCCAUGUGGUGCCCAAGAGGAAGAACAAACCAAUUCACCCUUCCCACGAGGCAGCAGAAGCCAGAAGCCACGCUGGGCCUGGGAGGAGUUGCAAGAAGCCAAUUCUUCCUUCCCGUGAUUUGGAGGAUAGGCUAAGUUGAUAGGAACUGAGGUACAGAAACAACAUUUAUGUUGUUUGAUUGACUUUGCAGGCCGAAGGCUGGUAGUGUGAGCAUCUAUUAAGAGGAUAACAAUAUGCAGUAUAGCAAAUAUGGGGGAUUUCCUUCUCACUUGUUUUUGAAAUUCAACAUUGUUUCACUGUUUUGUUUUCUUCCAAUUUUAUUGUUUUGUUUUAUUCAGUGUUCUGUUUUGAUUGGUUUUAUUCUGUUUUGUUUCAUUUUAUUAUAUCUGAUGGUAUGGGCAGCAAUUGUGAAGAUAACAAGAGGCAUUAUGAUAUUAUUCCAUUAUCCUGUUUCAAAGUUCUGUAUCACUUUCACUUGUUUUUGUUUUGAGUGUCUUUAUUCUAUUAUAUUUUGUUUGGUUUUAUUCUCUUUAAAAAAAAUUAGAUACAGCAGCAUAAGAAGUAUUUCCUUAUCGUGAAAUGAAAUGACAUUGGCUUUACAAUGUGUGGGGGAUGAGGAGUCACUUUAAAGGCCCUAGGCCUCCUCGGGACCUACAGUAAACAAUAGCCCCCGGUAUGCGAGACAGAGGCAGGACAGGAAUGCCUGUUCUUCUCACCCUCUGAAACCAUGCUGUGUGACUUGGCUUUGUUUACAGAGUCAUGAGGAAGUGGCCACCUUUGUGACACUAGCAACAAACAUAAUUAACAACAUUCUUGGGCUAUGAAUUUCCUCCUGGGCUAAAGGGGCUAGAAGAAUUGAUGUUGAUUAACUUAGAUAAACAUUGUAGUCUGUCACAUUGUAGCUUGUCACAAGAAAUGCUUUUUCACUAGUUAAUUGUCUGUGCUCUGUAAAUUGGUCCGGUUUACUAUAUAAGAAUCCUAGAAUAAAGACUGUGCGUGCAGUGCAAUGCGGUAAAGUUGCAA